AUGCCUACUAUAUUUCCAAAGACCUUAAGAUGUGUAGGCAUAAGAAAGGACAAUGAGCCAAACAACAACGUCACCCUGAACACGAGAAAGGUCAAAUCAGAUUUUGACACAUCUCUCAAAGAAGAUGAAAAAGCUUAUGUGAGGGGUAUACGUGUGCAUAUAAAUAUAUCGCUUUCCUGGCUCCCGUUCUUUCUUCCACAACGAUUGGACGAUGCUCUGCUGCUGCGUCUCCCUCUUUCACACUCUCAUCAUCGUCUUCGUUUUCGUCUUCGCAAGCUCUCCAAGUUCCAAGAAAAAGGAGUUCCAGGGAAAGAGAAGGAUCUCGAAGCCGAGGAGAACUGCUCUAAAUUAAUCCAUCGUUUCUCUCUCUUCUUCUUCUUCUUCUUCUUCUUCCUCGCCUUCGCCGUCUCCUCUGCUUUUUUGACCUUUAUCCGCAUCUUGAGCUGUCGGAUCCAGAGUGACGUCGGCGAUCAUGGUAUGCUCCACGACGCCAUGAUCCCCGAUCUCGACCUCCUCCGCCGGCACCGCUUCGGAUCUGCUGGGCUCCUGUUGCGCCGCGGCCGCCCCCAUUUCCAUGACCUGGGAGGCCCAUUGAAACCUAACCCCUGCUCCAUGGCCGAAGAUGACGAGCCCUCCCCUGCUCCGAAGGACGGCCGUCGAGAAGAUGACGGUGAAGCCGCCGCCGAUUGGCUUCGAUUGGCUCUCGCGCCUCCACUUCCCCAUCUUCCUUCUUCCUCCUCCGCCUCCUCCUCAUCGGUCCCGUUCACAACUUUCACCUCGGCGUGGCCAGUCAACCGCGCCAUCGGCUUCCGCGAGGCACCGUCGGCGGAAAUGGCGGUGGAGAUGGUGCCGUGGAUAGGGGUACGCCACCAUCGUCGCGAGCCGCCGCCUUAUUGGGGGCGAUUUUGGAAUGUCGGGGAUCCAAAUCUCGCCAUCGGUGGCGGUUCCGCACUAAUGCUUCCACCUGAGUUCGUGUCGCGGCAGUUCGUGCACUCGAUGCCGAUCCCCGCGAUGGUUCCACGGCUCGAUGUGAGGAUGGUUAGCCCGCCGAGGAGACUGCAAUCGACCGUUUGGGUGACGCUUCAGGCGUUGAGAAACCAAACGAGGGUGCCCCUUUUGCCUCAGAUACCAAGAAGCUACUUGAGGAUCAAAGAUGGAAGGAUGACAAUUAGGUUGCUGAUUAAGUACUUGGUGAACAAGCUGGGUUUGGAGGAUGAAUCUGAGGUGGAGAUGACAUGCCGAGGCCAAACCCUUCUUCCUUCCUUGUCGUUGGUGCAUGUUCGAGACCACGUGUGGUGCAGCUCGAGGGAGCCAUCGCCAGUGAGGCUAGUGCAGAAUUCGCCCACCGGCAUCGACCACAUCAUGAUGAUACACUACGGUAGAACAACCCCACCACCCUCUCAUGUAUGAUUUAAUUCUGAUUCCUCCUACUCCACCCUAAAUUUUGGAUCACUCUUCGUGACCAUCUUUUGUUUUUGGUCGUCAUUCAUUCAGAGCAAACGCUUCGAAGUGCUAAUCCUUUUUAUAAGGAGGUAAAAAAGCAAACCUAUGUAUUUGUGCUUCCAAGCUAUGCAUCUUCUUCUUCAUCCA